AUGAAACAUUUACCUCAAGUGGAGUUUAGCUCCCGGUUUCUGGUCCCACCACAUAGCCCCGGAGGAGGGGGUCUUGCCCUCUACUGGAAAUCACAUAUUACCCUGAGUAUUAGCUCAUCCUGCGACAAAUUUAUCGAAGCCUCGAUUACCUAUAAAGGGAAGACUUUUCUCACUUCAUUUGUUUAUGGAGAACCAAACCAUACAAAGAGAAAAGCAAUAUGGGAAGAGAUAACAAGUAAGCACCUGGGAAGAGAUGUGCCUUGGUUCCUUACGGGGGAUUUCAAUGAUAUCUUAGACCGCUGUGAGAAGACAGGAGGACCCCAGAGAGCGGAAGGUACCUUCGGAGAGUUCAGGGCAUUCAUAUCACAAAACGAACUUUAUGAUCUACCACACUCCGGAAACUAUCUAUCAUGGCGUGGAGUACGCGAAACCCAUCUCGUACAUUGCCGGUUAGAUAGAGCUUUGUCAAAUGGCCUCUGGGCUGAGAACUACCCAUCAAGUAGAAGCUACUACUUGGAGUUUGAGGGAUCUGAUCAUAGACCUAUCCUCUCAAUACUAGAACCGCACCUGAAAAAGAAGAAAGGCAUCUUCCGGUAUGAUAGAAGUAUGAAGGAUAACCAAGAAAUUACGGAGAUAGUGACAACGGCUUGGAACUUAUCUGAGACGGCGCCAGUGAUGCAGAGAAUCACAAACUGUAGGAAGGCCAUCUCAAAGUGGAACCUGGAGCAUCACAUCAACUCCCAGGAAGUCAUAAAAAGAGAGAAAGCAAACCUUGAGCUAGCAAUGGCAUCUUCGAUCCCAAAUCAUCUCAGACUAGUGGAAAUAAACCAAAACCUGAAGGCAGCUUACCAAAAGGAGGAAAUGUAUUGGAGGCAAAGAAGCAGAACCCUUUGGCUAAGCCUUGGAGAUAAGAACUCAGGCUACUUUCAUGCCAUAACAAGAGGAAGAACUGCAAUUAACAAGCUAGCGAUUAUAGAGGACAGUAAUGGCGUUGUUGUAUAUGAGGAAGACAAAAUAAUAAAAGUGAUAAGCUCUUACUUUCAAGACCUCUUCAUUUCUAGAUCCCCCCAGUGCGUCGAAACUGUGGAAAAAGCCCUGGAACCAUGCAUUACACAAGAGAUGAACGAAGCCCUGACCGCUCAACCUACAUCCAUAGAGAUCAAAGCAGCUAUGUUCUCAAUCAAUCCAGAUAAGGCCCCUGGUCCAGACGGCUUCUCUGCAGGGUUUUUUCAAACAAAUUGGUUAGUGAUGGGCCCAAAGAUCAUCGAGGAAGUACAUGAGAUCUUCGAACAAGGAAGUUUCCCAAAUUCCAUCAACUCAACCUAUAUUCGACUAAUACCAAAAAUCCUAAGCCCCAAGUCAGUAGCGGAGUAUAGGCCAAUUGCUUUAUGCAACGUCUAUUACAAAGUCAUCUCUAAAAUCCUAACCAGACGACUCCAACCUCUUCUCCCUUCUAUCAUAUCCGAGAAUCAAACAGCUUUUGUGCCUCAAAGAGCUAUAUUGGACAAUGUCCUAAUUACACACGAGAAUCUCCAUUACCUCAAGAAUUCCGGAGCCACGAUACAUUGUUCGAUGGCAGUCAAGACGGAUAUGACCAAAGCAUACGAUAGACUUGAAUGGAGCUUUAUCGUGGCCGUAAUGGAGAGAAUGGGAUUCCACGCCAAAUGGAUCAACUGGAUAUUUCAAUGCAUAUCCACGGUCUCUUACGCUUUCCUGGUUAACGGAGCAGCUCAAGGACGAGUCAUCCCUCAACGUGGAAUACGACAAGGCGACCCUCUCUCUCCCUUUAUCUUCAUCUUGUGUGGAGAAGUCCUAUCGGGGCUAUGCAAAAAAGCUCAAUCAGAUGGAUCACUCCCAGGAAUAAGCGUAUCAAGACAAAGCCCCAAAAUAAACCACUUACUAUUCGCGGAUGAUACCAUGUUCUUCACCAGAACAAACCAGAGAAGCUGUGAAACGCUCCACACCAUCCUCAAAGAAUAUGAAGAUGCUUCGGGACAACAGGUAAGCCUCCCCAAAUCAUCCAUCACCUUCUCAAAGAAGACACAACCAGAGAUCCGAGCUCGAGUAAAGCAGACACUAGGCAUAGAAAAAGAAGGGGGUCAAGGGAAAUACUUAGGUCUACCAGAGAGCUUUGGAAGAAAGAAAAAAGACCUAUUUACCUUGAUUGUAGACCGCAUACGCCAAAGAUCGAUCAAAUACUCAUCAAGGUUCCUAUCCAACGCCGGAAAGAUGACGAUGAUCAAAUCCGUCCUAUCUGCAAUACCCACCUAUGCCAUGUCAUGCUUUAAACUACCUGCAGGACUCUGCAAGCGCAUCCAAUCAGCCUUCACACGAUUCUGGUGGGACACAACAUUGGGAACGAAGAAAAUGUGCUGGCUAUCGUGGAGUAAACUUACCCGAGCAAAGAAACAUGGAGGACUAGGCUUCCGGGAAGUACAGUGCUUCAAUGAUGCGCUCUUGGCAAAGUUAAGUUGGAGACUCCUCACAAACCCAUCUUGCCUCCUUAGUAGAGUCUUGAUCGGCAAGUACUGCAAGUACCAAGAUUUCCUGAAUGUCCCCAUAAAUUCCUCCACCUCGCAUGGAUGGAGAGGGAUACUAAUUGGAAGAGAUCUUCUCAAAUCUCAAUUAGGACGAGCUAUAGAUGACGGACGAACAACCUCCAUUUGGAAUGAUCCUUGGUUAUCCCUGAAGAAGCCAACCAAACCAAUAGGACCACCUAACCUGCCAGAUAAGAACCUAAAAGUCUCAGACCUAAUAACCGAGCAGACAGGAGACUGGAACAGAGAGAAGAUAGCAAAAAUCUUACCCGCUCACGGGAUCGAGAUCCAAGCGCUUCGACCAAGCCGAAAAGGUGCCUCCGAUUCCUUUAUCUGGCUCCCAACUAGAUCAGGAGAGUACUCAGUCAAAACAGGCUAUCAUGUCGCUCUGGAGCAGACGACUGAUCCCCACCUAAACCAAAACCCCCAUCAAGUGAAUUGGAACUUAGACAUCUGGCAAGCGAAAACAUCACCUAAAUUGAAGGUUUUCUUAUGGAAAGUGGUCCAAGAAGCUUUACCUUCAGGAGAAAACCUUCUCAACCGAGGUAUCCUUGAGAAUGCCUGCUGUACCCACUGUGGAGAUCUGGAAACGACAGAGCAUCUCUUCUUCCAUUGCAAGUACGCCAAAGAAGUUUGGAGUUUAGCUCCCCUGUCUACGACAAUCAACCCGAACCUUUUCCAAACAUUCGCCUUAACCCUAAAAGACUCAAAGGCAUGGCUUGCUCUUCCCCCAACACGAGCCGGAGCCGGACCUCUCUUCCCCUGGAUCGUAUGGGCCAUAUGGAAAGCCAGAAACCAACUGAUCUUUGAAGACAGAACCUUCUCCCCCAGGGAGACGAUGACCAAAGCUACUGUAGAAGCACGCGAGUGGCAACAGGCUCAAUUGACACCCCAGAAGACACCGACUGGCUUCAAACCACCAACAGGAACCGGGACCCCACCAAAUACCGUCUCCUGCUUCACCGAUGGAGCUUGGUGCGACAAAAGCGGAAUUGGAGGCCUAGGAUGGAUCUUCACAAACGACGCCGGCGACACCACCUUGAAAGGAAAAGAAGCAGAACGCUUUGUCACCUCAUCGCUCAUGGCCGAAGCCCUUUCGAUCAGAUCGGCGCUCCUCCAUGCACUAGAGACUGGAUUCACAAAAAUCCAUCUCAAAUCAGACGCUCUCGGACUCAUCAGAGCAAUUUCCUCGCAAGAGCAAAUCAUAGAGAUUUAUGGAAUUCUCUUUGACAUCCACGCUCUUGCAACCAUGUUUGAUUCGAUCCAUUUCAGCUAUAUCCCCAGAUCUCAAAAUUCUCUAGCGUAUUCGAUAGCAAAAGACGCUAAGAUUAGAUUUGUGAACUUAAUUUCUCAGCGGGACCCACAAGUUGUAACAGUUGGAAACGUUUAA